AUGGAGAUAGGUUAUAUGGAAGUACCUAAUAUAAAAGAUAUCAAUAGUAAUAUAGAAAAAAGUGGAUUAGUAUUAUGUGUUUCUCUUAAUCAAAAAGAAUCAGAAUCUCUUAUUUCUCCAUCAUAUUAUUAUAUAUAUGUUCAUAGGUAUAUGUACUUAUCCAAUAUCAUACCUAAAUGUCUUGAAUUUUUUAAGUCUUUUAUAUUACCAUUCUAUGGUAAUAAAUUUGGUGUAUAUUUUGAGUGUAUAAAAAAAGAACAAAAAAAGUCAUCAAAUAAUAAUAAUAAUAAUAAUAAUAAUAUUACAUAUACAAGUACAAAUAAUUAUGAAGAAAAAAUUGUUCUAGAUUGGAGGCUACCAAUUGGUGUAUUAUUUGAUAUAUAUUGUGAUUUAGAUAAAAGUCAAAAGGAAUAUAUAAAAACAUAUGAAAAAUUUAAUGAUACUAAUAUUAAUAUGAAUAAUAAAAAAAAUAUAACUAUAUGUUCCAAUAAUGAAUUAUUUCUAAACCAUAUAAAUAUUGUAAAAUUAAAAGGUACAGAUAAAAAUUAUGAUAAAAAAUCAAAUGAAAGACAAAAUCAAAAAAAUAUUUAUGAUGCUAAUAGGAAUAUAUCUACCAACACAAAUAAUAGUUCAAAUGUAAACCAUCAACAAAAUUGUGAUAGGACGGAUGAUGAUACUUUACAUAAGGGUGACGAUAUUUUACAUAAAGGGGACGAUAUUUUACAUAAGGGUGACGAUAUUUUACAUAAGGGUGACGAUAUUUUACAUAAAGGUGACGAUAUUUUAUAUAAGGGUAACGAUAUUUUACAUAAAGGUGACGAUAUUUUACAUAAGGGGGACGAUAUUUUACAUACAGAUGCCUUUAUAAAUGAGAAAGAAACAAAAGAAGGUACUGACAAAAAAAAACAAAUUAAUCGAAAUAUAAAAAAUGAAGAACGUGAAAGGGGGAAAGAAGUAAAAAAUAUUAUUGUGGAAAAUUAUUAUGAAGAGAAUUAUAUGAAAGAGAAAAAAAUAAUUGUGGAAAAUGGUAAAGGUUCUACAAAAAAUGAUGUAGAAGAAAAUAAGAAAGAUAUAAAUACACAUUAUGAUGAUAUAAAAUUAAAUAACGUUGAUAUUUAUGAUGAUAUAAAAUUAAAUAACGUAGAUAUUUAUGAUGAUACAGCAGACUUUCAAUAUAUCCAAUUUAUCCAGAAUGAAAAAAUAAAUAACGAAUGGUAUAACAAACAAUUUGUAAAUAUAUCAAAUAAAAAUAUUCCGUGGAUGUUAAUCGUUCAUUUUAAAGGGGAAGAAGAAUAUCCACUUUCUAUUAUAAAUAAAAAAUAUGAUGAAAAAAAUACACAUUUUAAAGGAGAUAUUAAUAUCUUACCAUAUAAUAAUUAUAUUCCAUUAUAUAAAGGUUUUAAUAAUUUUGAAGAGUAUAUAAUAAACCAAUUAAAAAAAGCCAACUGUAUAUUAAAUAAAAAUAAUAGAGCAUUAGAAAUAUUACCACAAAGAAUUCAAAAAGAUAUAUUAUAUAGCUUGAAACAUUUCCAUAUCGAAAAAAUAUGUUCAUUGUAUAGAGAAUAUAUUGAUUAUAACAUGCUAAAUUUUAUUAAUUAUUUUAAUAAUAGUUAUAUAAAAAAAGUGCAACAGGUAUGUGAUCUAAAUCGACAUAAGGAUAAUUCAAUACAAAUAAAUGGAAAAAGUAGCGGGAAACAAAAUGAGGAGAACUUGUGUCUUUUAAAAAUGGAUCUUCACGAGGAAGAGUCUCCGGUGAAAAUAACACACUGUAAAGAUAUACUUAAUAAUGAUAAUGAAAAUUAUGAUAAUGAAAAUAAUAAUAAUGAAAAUAAUAAUGAACAUAAUUGUCAUCGUAAUAGUUAUGAUGUCCAUUUGAAUGAAAAUUUUAUAAAUGACCAAUCACAAAAAAAUCAUAUAUCAAAUAUAAGAACAUCAUAUAAUAAUGAUCAUGUUAGUGAUAGCCUACAAACAGAUAUACAAAAUGAUUUCUCUUCUAUAAUAUUAGAAAACACAAAAGAACAGGGCGAUCAUAUAAAUUUUAAAAAUAAUUUACAUAACAAUGAAAAGUAUCCAAAUGUAUAUGAUAUCUUAAAAGAUGAAAAAGUUCUUAAAGAUUGCCCUAUUAUAUUACAUAUUUAUGGACCUCCAUAUAAUCAAAUAUUAACAAAAUAUCCCUUUCUAAAACUAAUACAUUCAAAUAAUAAUAAUAAUAAUAAUAAUAAUGAUAAUAAAGAUAACAAUAAUAAUAGUAAUAAGUAUGAUGGUUGUAAGAAAUAUAUACAAAAUGUUCAUCUUAACACGUUGGGAGAUUUUCUUCAUGAACAACUCCCAUCAUUUGUUCGCAAAAUAAUUAAUAAAGAUGAAAAAAAUGAAACAUCCCAUAUUUUAAAUAAAUAUGAUAAAGAUAAAUAUUUAAAUUCAGAAACAAUAUAUUAUUUUAUUGAAGAUGAUUACUUAAUUUUUAGUCCAUAUAUGUUCAUUAUAGUUAAUGGCAUACAAAUUCCUUUGAAUACUCCUCUAUAUUGGCUAGCUGCCAACUUUUCUCAAUUUGAUCAUUUUCUCCACAUUACCAUACGUAUACCCCCCUAUUAA